UUCUUAUAGUGGUCAUCUUUAGGGAGUUACAAGUAGUGCUGUACCCGUACCCACCCUCUAUAACCCCUGUAGCGGAUCCCGCAUUGGGACAGGGGUCCAAGCUCUAGCGAUUUUUUCUAAAUUUUCAUCAUUUUUCUCUGACGCGGGCAUGUCAAUGACGUGAACACCUACACCCAAACUACCUAGGUAUACAAAGCAAUUCUCGACUUUCCCAUGCCGACACUCGCAUAUACCCUUGUAUUCUCGAAACCACGAUAGCAAAUGGCGUGUCGAAGCUGCAGACGGCAGCUCGCCCUGCUAAUUCGACAAGCAGCCACUACAACAGAAAUCCAAAAUGCUACCACGAUACGACAGCUAGUUGUCGCCGGUACCCCCCGACUUGACCGGAGGAGGAAUUUCAGCAGUACUCCCCGCCAACUAGGUUUCAAGGAUGCUAUGCGACGAGUAUUCCAACGAACAGCCGAACCAUAUAAAGUCGUCCAAGCGACCGAAGACAUAUACAAAGCAUGCGCUCGCGAAGCAGCAUACAAAAUCUCCGAAAAGGACAGGAAAGCCGGAACAAUACCCAAGACAACAGAGGGCGAGGAUAUAGGAGAGGGAAGUACGAUGUGGCAUGAAGACUUCAAACUCCCCCCCACCUUCAGCACCUGGUCGCAAGUCACCAUGCUACACAUGUACCUGGCCUUCGCACGCCUCCGCGACCUCGAACCCGACGCAGCACGGUCCUGGCAACAACAACUCGUAGACCAUUUCUUCUUCGACGCGGAAGCGAAAAUGGAUCUCGAGCACGGCAUAUCGUCUCGCGGGCUACGACACAAAUACCUAAAAGACCUUUUCAUACAAUGGCGUGGGGUCAUCGCAGCAUACGAUGAAGGCGUUACGAAGGGCGAUCCGGUGCUCGCUGCCGCAGUGUGGAGGAAUGUGUUUAAGGCACGUGAGGAUGUGGAUUUGAGGUAUCUGGCGGCGGUUGUUAGUUGGAUGCGCUUGUGUCUGAAGAUGCUCGAUCAGAUACCUGAUGAGGCCUUGUUUAUUCAGGCUCAGGCUGUGUAUAAGUGGCCUGCGAAGAAUGAGUUGACGCUUGUGGAUAAGCCAGCAAAACAGCUAGAAGGAUUAGGGACGACGCCGCCAAUCCAUAAGGUCGCGGCAUAAAAUGGGAUCAUGGGCGGGUGUAUGAUUAUCUAGGGAUGUGACGACGGCGCAUGAAUCUUAGAGGUAUAAAAGCUGGUCCAGCGUAUCAUCACUCUACGGACACUGCGUAU